AUGGAGACGUUUCAACAACGCUUCUUUGGGGAGCCGGAGCCGGUAUCACUGAGCCCAGAGCAAUUAGAGCAGUUGCGAGAUUUCAAGAUCCAGACUCGCAUCGCAAAUGAAAAGUACUUGAGGACCCACAAAGAGGUGUCGCUGCUCAUUAGCGGCUUCUUCAGAGAAAUGUUUCUGAAAAGACCAGACAACAUCCUUGAAUUUGCUGCGCACUAUUUCACAGAUCCAAGACUUCCCCACAAGAUUCACAUGCAGCUAAUUAAAGACAAGAAAGGAGUCUAAUUAGCAAAGCCACAACGCUCAGCUGCUGGGAGAAGCCAGAAGGAAUCCAGCCUCGGGGUCAUCUGGAGGCCUGGGAGCCCUGUUGCCAUCAGUCUGGGUCUCCAAGUUGUGUGGGCCUCUUCCUCCCACAGAGGUUUUCAGAGAUGCUCAUUAAAUCCAGACCCGCC